CACCCAUAGCGAAGGAGGCGCUGCUGCCUGUUGCUGGCCAUUGCUCUCUCUCUCUCUCUCUCUCUUUCUGUUCGCGCUACCUGCGCGCGAGCGAGCUCAGUACGAAGCACGCGGUCCCCGCGAAAACAUCGCGCGCACGAGCAGCAGCGCGUUCAGUGCGAUAUGACCGAUCAGGCGAACUGUGCCGUGCUGUGAUACGUCGACAUCGACUCUGCCUUCGUCGCUCGUCGUCCCGCUCGUCGUCCCGCUCGUCGUCCCGCUCGUCGUCCCGCUCGUCGUCCUGCUCGUCGUCGACCGGUCGAGGCCAGUGCGCGCCGGAGGAUGAGGAUUGCGCGACACUCGCGCUGACCGGCUGGAGCUCAAUCGUCGCGGCAACAGAGAGACGGCAAGAGGGAGACAGGGUGGACGAGGAGAGCGAGAGGGGAGCUGCAAUUGAGAAUCGCUGGCGCGGAAGUUGCAGCGAAGUGAAGCAUGAAGUCCGGCGACUGGGAUUACAUGACGCUGCGGGAGGAGGAGUUCCAGCUGAACGUCACGUACAUCGCGCCCGACACCCCGACCUCGGCCAACGAGCCCAACCGCGCCGAGGCCUCGCUGCCGAGGAACCUCGUGCUCAAGCCCUCGCAGGAGUGCAACAACGUCUUCGGCGUCUGGAGCACGGACCGCAUUCCCAAAGGCACCCGCUUCGGGCCUCUCGUCGGUAGGAAAUACAAGAAGGACAAUGUGCCGCUCGACACCGACAGAAAGUACUUUUGGAGGGUCUACAAGGACAACGAACUGUACCACUAUAUCGACGGCUUCGACGUCAGGCAGUCCAACUGGAUGCGCUACGUCAAUCCAGCCUAUUCGUCCGACUCGCAGAACCUCAUCGCUUGCCAGUACGAGGUGAGUAGCAGGCCGUGGCUCGGCCCGUCGACCGACCGCAUUCGCUCACGAGCCGCACCUCCUCCCUCCUUUGCAGGAGCAUAUUUACUUUUACACCAUCAAGGAGAUCGACGCCAACCAGGAGCUGCUGGUAUGGUACUGCCGGGAGUUUGCCGAGAGGCUCAACCAUCCGGUCACGGGCGAGCAGAUGCUGCAGAAGAUCCGGCAGCAAGUGCAACAGACGGCGCACCCGGCGGACAUAGCGCCGGCGCUCGAAGCGGCCGCGACGCUCAAGGACUCUGUGAUAUACGAGAGGCGCGCCCAGCUCACGCCGACGGACGGCAGCGUGAGGUCGGACGAGGGCUACCACUCGAACGGCUACCACGACGAGAUCCUGACGCCGCCCGAGGACACCAGCGAGUCCGACUCGGACUGCAACUACGUGCUCGACUGCUCGAUCAACUCGAAGGUGGUCUCGUCGAGGGGCGCCGCGACCGUGGCGGCCGCGGCCGCCGACACCAGCCAGCCGGCCGUCGCGCCUGCCGCGCCUGCCGCGCCCGCCGCCCCCGCCGCCGUCGCCGCCGUCGCCUCGUCCUCGCCGGCCGAGAGCGCCGUGGCGAAGAACGACUACCGCAAGCUCAAGUUCAAGAUGCAGGGCUACGCGCGCUUCCAGUGCUCCAAGGAGCUCGCCGCGAGGAAGCGCGAGGCGGCCGAGCCGCCGGCCGGGUGCGCGAGCCCCGAGCGCAGGCCGGCCAGCACGGUCAUCCUCAGCCCGUGCACGCCGACGAGCAGCGCGCCGGCCGCCACGGCCUCGAGCACGACGCCCGACGAGGCCGAGCGCGCCCGGGCUUACUACGAGCCGGAGGCGCGCCCCGGCAGCCGCAGCCCCAUGUCCACGACGUGCAGCCCGCCCGCGCCGUCCGCCAGGCCCUACGCCCUCGGCAGCGCCAGCAGCUCGUCCAUCCUCGAGAACAUCCUGCUGCGCAGCUCGAGCACCGACAGCAACAACAACCACCACCACCACCACCACCACCACCACCACCACCAGCACCACCACCAGCAGCACCACCAGCAGCACCACCAGCAGCACCAGCAGCACCACGGCGCGCACGGCCACGGGCCACCGCAGCCGCAGCCGCCGCCACCGCCGCCGCCGCCGCCGCAGCAGCAGCCGGCGCACAGCCUGGGCCCGGCCGACUCGGCCGCGCCCUCGCCCUCCAGCCCCACGGAGAUGGCCUACUCGUACAAGAAGUCGCACCGCUACCAGAACAUCCUGCCCUGCAGCCCCGACUCGAGCUCGGGGCUGGCGCUGCAGCCGGAGCCGAGCAGCAGCGGCCUGCGCUCGCCCGGCCUGCUGGCCAGCCCGCCGGCGCAGCAGCAGGCCUGCAGCAGCAGCGGCGCCGCCCCGGGCGGCUGCGCCUCCGCGCCGGGCUCGCCGCGGCGGCGCGCGCCGCGCAGCCCCUCGCCCGCGCUGCUCGCCGCCGCCUCGACCAUCGUCUACUCGGGCGGCGCGCAGGUGGACUCGAGCUACCUGGCGCAGCCGGCGCAGCUCUCGCCCUCGUACGGCGGCUACCUGUACGGGCCGGGGCCGGGCGCGCAGCCGGCCGCGCCGCCGGGCUGCUACUCGCCGCCGGCGGCGCAGCUCUACGCGCAGGAGCAGCGCCCGAGCAGCAGCCAGCAGCUGCCCUCGAGCAGCAGCUCGCAGGCGGAGGGCGCGGGGCUGCUGGGCCUGCAGCUGGGCGCGCAGCCGGGCGGCCUGGGGCCGCGCUUCUCGCCCGCGGGCUCGAUGAGCCCCGACGAGCGCUGCUCGCAGAGCGGCUCGCUCAGCCCCAGCAGCCAGGCGGGCGGCGGCUCGCGCGGCUACCGCUCGCUGCCCUACCCGCUCAAGAAGAAGGACGGCAAGAUGCACUACGAGUGCAACGUCUGCUGCAAGACCUUCGGCCAGCUGUCCAACCUCAAGGUGCACCUGCGCACGCACUCGGGCGAGCGCCCCUUCAAGUGCAACGUCUGCACCAAGAGCUUCACGCAGCUGGCGCACCUGCAGAAGCACCACCUCGUGCACACGGGCGAGAAGCCCCACCAGUGCGAGAUCUGCAAGAAGCGCUUCAGCUCCACGUCCAACCUCAAGACGCACCUGCGCCUGCACUCCGGCCAGAAGCCCUACGCCUGCGACCUGUGCACCGCCAAGUUCACGCAGUUCGUGCACCUCAAGCUGCACAAGCGGCUGCACACCAACGAGCGGCCCUACACCUGCCAGGUCUGCGACAAGAAGUACAUCAGCGCCAGCGGGCUGCGCACCCACUGGAAGACCACCAGCUGCCGGCCCAACAACAUCGAGGACGAGCUCGCGCUGGCCAGCGCCGUGGGCUCGCCCGGCGCCUACUACGAAUACGUGCCCGAGAUGAGCGUCGGGAGCGUGCCCACCUCGCUGCACAACCUCGACAACUCGGUCGGCCGGCCGAGCGUCAUAGAGACCUCGCAGCCGCACAUCAUCGAGUGCACCUAAGGCCGCUCCUGGCCCGAGCCCUUCUCCGGUACGAGCGAACGAGGCGGGCGGGAGGAGUUCAGCCGCCGAGUCGCACAAGCCUCUGCGCGCUCGGCCAGCGAGAAGCUAAAUCAUACACUUGUCGGCUACGUAUGUCGACGCGACUGCAAACUAUGCGAGACCUGUACCUGUAAAUACUAACAUUACUAUUAAUUAAUCGGUAACCUAAAGAUUAAUGCUCUAAUUUAUAGAACGACGAGGAGUAGAGUACACACGCACGCGCGCGCGCGCAUACACACACACACAGACACACACGCGCGCGAUACCGUUGAGGUGUCGAGGGAAAGAUAGUGGAGCGACCCCUCGUCGACUGCGAGUGCUGCGUUCGCUACCUUCGAAGCGACCGGAUCCUUGUCGUAGUGCUCUAAGGAUAGCUGCGUUUUUCUCUGUCGCGAUCCAUUCGUUUUUUACGAAUUAGUUUUUAGCCGUCGCCCGUUCGAAACGACGAUUUUGUUAUGCGCGGUCGAGUGCGCCUGUCUCGGUCUAGGUUGUGUACCUCGUUCACCGAGCUAGUCCGCGCGCCUCGGCGCACCGCUCCGGACUCCUCGACUGGCUAUCGCCUUUGCCAAGGAUCGGCUCGCGAACGCGCGGACUAGCUCGGCUUCUUCGAAAUUACUCGCUCGUCAAUUCAAAUUCAUCGGAAAUUUCGCCCGAUGGUACGUGUGAUCGAACGCUCCAGUUGUCCCAUUGGCUUUUUAUUUGUCGCGAUCGCGAAUCGAGCGGUCGCACGCGCGUCGGGUUUGCGCGACGAAAAUCGCAAAACUAAAAGUAAUGUACCCAGUAUUCGUACUUAAUUCGUCUAUAAGUUCGUAUUUUUUUUUAUAUUUGCGUCUGAGGGGAGAACAAAAAUUGGUUUUAUUUCGUCACGUUUCGGAGCGACGCUCGAACCCUUCUCUAUCGAAACCCAUUCGGCUUGUCGUUCACAAGCCUUCAUCCGAACAGUCGCGCCUUGCUCCGAAACGUCGUAUAAAACUCGUUAACAAGAUGACAUGCGUCUGUUAUCUCUUACUUCCAAUCUCGACUGUGUAGUCUCUAAAUGUGUGAA